ACUCGCUGAUGAUGUCACGGCCGGGAUGCCUGGCCCACGUGCGGGCAGCAGUUGGUUCCAGCCGCGGGGAGGGUCGACAACAGCCGGAGACUGCGCAGCACAGGCGCAGUCAGUCGGACGCGGAGCUCGGAGACUAAUCCAACCCGUUUCGGAUUAUCGUCCUCAUCCAAGUCCGCGCCGGCGACACCGCGGGACGCUUCCUCUCCCCCCCCCUCCCGCCUCCACCCCACCUCUCGCUCGAGUUCUCGGCGCUGUUUGAUGUCACCUUGCGUCUCCCCCCACCCCCUCGACGAUGAUUUGGGAGGAAGAUGCGCCGGUCUGAAUUUUCCGUUGACCUUCGCCUCCGCUCAGCAGCAUCGAAGCAUUGCGAAGACGCUCCGCCGCCGCCGCCGCCACAGGAGCAGCAGCGCCCCGCCGGCUCCUGCCGCUGCCCCACUUUCACCUCCCGUGCUCGCUAGAAAACAACACAGGUGCUCCGACCGCCUGCCAGCCGCCAGCCUCUGAUCGUCUGCCUUUUUUUUUUUUUUUUUUUUUUUUUUUAAUCAAUCAAGACCGAGGCAGAUGCCCCUCGCUCUGUCAUCCCGGCUUGUACUAUGGUGGAGUUUCCAUCUCUCAGUCCUUACUGGCCUCUCAUCCGCUUUCUGGUGCCUUUGGCUAUCACCAAUGUUGCCAUCGACCUCGGGGAACAGGCUCUCAACAGGGGCAUAGCCACAGUCAAAGAGGAUGCGGUGGAAAUGCUGGCCAGCUACGGCCUGGCCUACUCCCUGAUGAAGUUCUUCACCGGACCCAUGAGCGACUUCAAGAAUGUGGGCUUGGUGUUUGUCAACAGCAGGAGGGACCGGAGGAAGGCUGUGUUCUGCAUGGUGACGGCCGGCGCCAUCGCCUUCGUCCUUCACAUCCUGAUAGCUUACACAGAUUUAGGAUACUACAUCAUUAAUAAGCUCCACCAUGUGGAUGAUUCUGUGGGGCACAAGACAAGAAAGGCAUUCUUGUACUUGGCUGCAUUCCCUCUGUUGGAUGCAAUGGCGUGGAUUCACGCAGGGAUACUUCUCAAGCACAAGUACAGCGUCAUAGUAGGCUCAGCCUCCAUCUCUGAUGUUGUGGCCCAGAUUGUGUUCGUGGCCAUUCUCCUCCACAGUAACCUAGAGUGUGUGGAGCCUUUACUCAUCCCGAUCCUUUCCCUGUAUAUGGGUGCCUUGGUCCGUUUCAGCAUCGUAGGUCUGGGUUACUACUGUAACAUCCACGACAACAUCCCAGACUCCAGCGGGCUUGAUGUUGGGGGCGACGCCACUAUCAAAAAGAUGCUGAGUUUCUGGUGGCCCCUGGCCCUCAUCCUGGCCACUCAGCGCAUCAGCCGACCCAUCGUCAACCUCUUUGUGUCUCGCGACCUCAAGGGGACCUCUGAUGCCACAGAGGCCGUGGCUGUCCUCACAGCCACAUACCCUGUGGGUCACAUGCCCUACGGUUGGUUAACUGAACUGAGAGCAGUGUACCCUGCCUUUGAUAAGAACAAUCCCAGCAACAAGAUGAACGCUGGCAGCCCCGUCACCAAGUCCAACAUUAAAAAGUUUACGGCCUGCUGUCUGGCUCUAUCACUCACGCUUUGCUUUGUGGUGUUCUGGACUCCUCACUUAUCAGAGAAGAUCCUGGUUGAUGUCAUUGGAGUGGAGUACGCUUUCGCCGAGCUGUGUGUGGUUCCGCUCCGAAUUUUCUCCUUUUUUCCCCUGCCAGUGACUGUUCGGGCUCAUUUGACUGGAUGGCUCAUGACCCUGAAAAAGACCUUUGUGCUGGCCCCCAGCUCGGUUCUCCGCAUCAUUGUCCUCAUCACCAGUCUAGUUGUGCUGCCUUAUAUGGGGGUUCACGGGGCCACACUCGGGGUUGGAUCCCUCCUGGCCGGCUUCAUAGGAGAGUCAACAAUGGUUGCCAUAGCGGCCUGCUAUGUUUAUCGACAACAGAAAAACAACGAGAUGUCCAACGAGCUAGUGGUGGAGGGCGAGGACUCGGCCCCGAUGAGCGAGGUGUGCUCCAGGACUCAGAUGGACGCCAUCGAGGAGCUCCAGGAGGAGGAGGAGGAACAGGAGUGAACUCUUGAGAGCAGGGGAAGGUAAAGCCGGCCUCUAUGUGGAACUUGGCUGAAGAAGAGACCAUCGAGUGUUACAGUGCUGGAGAGGAGCGAGGACCCGAGUAUGAUUUGGUUUCAGGGGUUCUCCGGACAGACUUUUAAACUUCAGAGUGACGGGGUCUUCUUCACGUCGAACUUCACAUCAUUAAAACGCACACUGUAAAGAAAGCCAUGCACCUCCACGUGUUCAUCCAUCAGUGUAAAUACCGUUGUCUUCCGACCUUUUCAACAGUUCUCAUAGUUUUGCAUCAUCACACCGGUGGCUGUAUUAACCACUUCCAUGUGUCUACUGGUAAACAAGGGAAAAACGACACGGGAGAACUUUUUUUUCCUCCUUCGCAGCAAGAAUGAAACAUCUGUCGAGUGGUAGUGGAGUUGCCAAAAUACAGGGUUCAUUAUGUUAUUUUAUCAAGACUAAGCAGCAAGGCCUUGCUUGAAUUCAAAUAUAGACAUGUUGUGGGACUUGUUGGGUUGUGCAAUCGUAUUUUACAUACCAUGGUGUACAGAUUAUUGUUGUUUUAUAUAGGUAAUGCAAUGUGUAUAUUUAAUUGCCCAGAGGGGUCAGGAAUCCCUCGUUAUAUCAUUGCGUGUGUUACAGAAUACAGUUAUGAUUGUUCACUUUCCAUGCAGUCUGGGAGUCCAUCUACUUUUGUUUUUGCCAAGCAUUUUUCCUGGUAGUAUUCAGAUUGUCGUAUGUACUGUAUAUACUGUAUAGGCAUUCUUAUUUGGCUAAUAAAUUGCUUUAUUAUUAA